GUGCCGUCCUCGCGCUCCCUACCUUGACGCAGCGGGGCUCAGGUCGGUCCGCGAGCUGACGGCAAGAACCGGGAUCGAACCUACUCCUGUGACGUCACCAUGGCUGCUCAGGCUCUGGUUCUGUACAACUUCACAGCGGAGCCAGGAAACAACGAGCUGUCGGUGAGAGAGGGGGAGACCAUCACUGUGACAGACCAGACUGUGGGUGGAGGCUGGAUCCAGGCCCAGAACUCCAGCGGACAAACCGGCCUUGUACCUGAGGGAUAUUUACAGGUGAGCGCUGUGACAUUAUUUCAUGUCGUGUCAACACAAAGAGGCACAGAUCAGCGAAUUUCACCUUCAUCAGUGUCACACUGCUCCUCUGUCCAACACUUAGCUUUGAGUUUAGUUUUUAUGUUCUCGUUCUCCAAAGGUCCGAGUCCAGAAGUCUUCAUGUUAGCCCGCCCUCCGGCUGACAGCAGAGAGAGACUUCCUGUCUACAUGGGAGAAGUAGGCCCCGUCUGGCUGUACUCGACGUCUCCUCUGGACUGUGUGAUUGCUGAUCCAAAGAAAGAGUCCAAAAUGUACGGACUGAAGAGCUUCAUCGAGUACCAGAUAACACCCAAUACAACCAACAGCCCUGUCAAUCAUCGCUACAAGCACUUUGAUUGGCUGUACGAGCGUCUGCUGGAGAAGUUUGGGUCCAUACUGCCCAUCCCCUCACUGCCUGACAAACAGGUGACAGGCAGGUUUGAUGAUGACUUCAUUAGGAUGAGGAUGGAGGGUCUGCAGGCCUGGAUGACUCGAAUGUGUCGGCACCCCAUCGUCUCUCAGAGUGAAGUCUUUCAGCUCUUCCUCACCCACAGAGAUGAGAAGGAGUGGAAGGCGGGGAAGAGGAAGGCAGAGAAAGACGAGACGGUGGGUCCAAUGAUGUUCAGUUUGGUUGAACCUGAAGCUGCAGAGCUCGAUGUCGUCCAGGUUGAACAGAGGUGUGAACACUACAGCCGCUUUACAAAGUCCAUGGAUGACGGCGUCAGAGAGCUGCUGAACGUCGGGCACGCGCACUGGAAACGCUGCACCGGACCACUUCCUAAAGAGUAUGAGCGCAUCGGCCAAGCCUUCAGAAACCUGUCAACUGUAUUCAUCACCAGCAAAUAUCCAGGUGAGGCGACAUUGACCGACGCUCUGACGGCUGCUGGAAAAACCUACGAGGAGAUUGCUGAGAUCGUUGCCCAGCAGCCUCAGAAGGACCUCCACUUCCUGUUGGAGACUAACAGCGAGUACAAAGGGCUGCUGGGAUGUUUUCCAGACAUCAUCGCUGUACACAAGGCUGCUGUAGAUAAAGUGAAGGAAGGCGAUCGUUUGGUUUCUGCAGGAAAAAUUAACAACAGCGACAGGAAGUGCAUGAACCAGCGGCUCAGCUGCAUGAGCUACGCCCUGCAGGCUGAGAUGAACCAUUUCCAUAGCAACCGUAUCUACGACUACAACCGAGUGAUGCAGCUUUACCUGGAGCAGCAGGUCACCUUCUACCAGCAGAUCGCAGAUAAGCUGAGAGAAGCUCUGAGCCAGUUCACCACGCUGUGAGGACGCCACCGCCACCAUGUGAUGUCACAUGUGACAUCACAGCCUGAGUCACUGUUAACAAAAUAAAAGCCUCAUAAUCUUUAUAGUGUAAAUGUUGAUAUGAUGAUUAAUGAUGAGUUUCCUUCUUUUUCUGCUUUAUUUAAAAACUUUUUAACAGUUGAUUUUACACGUUUAAUAAAACUUUCUACGCCUCCA